AUGGUUGUUCAAGAUUCCGCCGACUGUGAGGACGGUGGCAAAACAAUUGUAAGAGAAAUGGUUCCUUUUGAAGUAGAUUUAACCAUAAUAGACCUAAUGAAAAGAUGGAUUGAUGAAUCAUUGGAAAAAGCGAAUGUGUGUUUGCAGAGAGCAAAAGAAACCGAAACAUGGAAUCCGAAGUCUAAGUCGGAGCCGUAUGCAAAAUCGGUGGUGGAAUUGGUGAACUUGGCCAAGAAAAUUGUGCAAGACUUUUUCCAAAUUCCAAUUGCAAUAACUGAGGAUUUAGUUCAAGAACUUGCUGAUGGAUUACACAAAAUCUUCAAAGAGUACGCAAUGUUUAUAGCAGCAUGCGGUUUGAAAGAGAACUACAUUCCUUCUCUUCCACCAUUGACAAGGUGCAACAGAAAUUCAAAGUUCCACAAACUAUGGAAGAUAGCUAGUCCUUGCAAUGUUAGUUGUGAAGAUCCACACAUAUAUGGAAUAUAUGAAUCAAGUCACCCUUAUUCAUGCACUAGCCGAGGAAUACAACGUCUCUACAUUCGUCUCAACACCUUGCACUAUCUCCUUUCUCACAUCUCAUCGCUCGACAAAUCGCUCACACUUACCCAAGGAGUAGUACCUUCUGAUCGCCUCCGCUGCUCAACAAACAUCAACAACACUCAAGGAAAAUCGACUUCAUACUUUGAAACAGUUAACAACUCCAUCUCAGCAGCUUGCCAGCAUCUAUCGGAAGUGGCUUCCUACCGUCUCAUAUUCUUCGACUCAAACUCUUUCUUCUACGAUAGUCUCUAUGUAGGAGACGUCGCCAAUGCUCGAAUCAACAAUGCCGUGACAAUCCUCAAACAUAAUAUCAAACUAAUGACAGCAAUUCUUACAGAAAGAGCUCAACCGUCGUUAAUAAAGGAAAUCAUGAAGGCGUGCUUCCACGCGUUUCUUUUGGUUUUGCUUGCUGGUGGAACGACGAGGAUGUUUAACGAGUCGGAUCAUGUGAGUAUUCAAGAGGACUUUCAAUGCUUGAAACAAGAAUUCUAUAAUUAUGGUGAAGAGUUGAUAGCAAAAAGUGUUGUGGAUAAAGAAGGUGAGGUAGUGGAAGGUGUGAUAGGAUUAAUGGGAAUGAAUACUGAAGAAUUGAUGGAAAAUUUGAGUAAUUUUUCAAGUGAGAUUGGAAGUGGAAUGAAGUUGCCAAUGCCUCCAACUACAGGAAAAUGGAAUAGGACUGAUCCCAACACAAUUUUGAGGGUUUUGUGUUAUAGAAAUGAUAGAGUUGCUAAUCAUUUCUUGAAAAGGACAUUUCAAAUAGCUAAGAGGAGAUAG